AUGCUGGGCGGACAGAUAGCCAAGCUCACCAAGGAGGCGUUGUUGAACUCUCCUGCAUUCUGCCGCUUUGCACAGCAGUCCUCUACCAUGGCGCAAAAGGCCUUGACUGAGGCCCGUUGUUCGCCAACUAGCGUAUGUAGGUCUGUGGAUGGCCCGGCAAAUCCUUCUACUCAAAUGCUUGACUGCCAUAGUGAUGACAUGCCAAUGCAUGCGACAACAUACAGCCUGACAGAGUUACGCGUCAUGACUCUUGACAAUACAAUUGCAAUAUCUAAAUGCCGACGCUUGCAUAGAUGUGGUGAUGCACAGAUGUCUGCCAUGAUGAGAGGACAAACCACGUGA